AUGAGUGGGCUGGUCGGUUCUCCCUCCAUAGGGAGGACAGUACCAUUUGAGAAGAAUGAUGAUUGGGGGCUCAAUCUUGAUUUGGGCGAGCUCGAAACGUAUGAAAAUAGGGAUUUAAAAACUAGGUUAAAAGAACUAAUUUCACCUUUCAAAAAAACGUUUUCUUCUGCAUCUACUCUAGAAUACUUACAUCCAUUUACAUUGAAAUUUAGAAGCGAGAUUUUAGAAAAGAAGUUUAAAAAAAAAUUCAGAAAAAGAACGGAAAUUGGUAUCUUUUGGAUUGGGUUGUUAACAUUAUUUUUGAUCAUGCUGGAUAUUUUAUUGGAAAUUUACAAUCAGAAAAUGAAUGAAGCUUCUAAUAGUUCAGUAAACACUUACUUCAUAAUUUGUGGUGUAGUUGCAAUCUGCUCAUUAUUUCUAAUAAUUUCAUUUUUCAUCAAUUUUUUAAAUAAACAUUUGGAAAUUAUUUUUACUUCAACUACAAUAAUAACAACAAUACUUAAUAUAACUGCAGGGAAUUUGUUGCUAGAUGCCUCUCUCUCUCCAAAUAAUGAUUACGAUCCUGCAGUUCAGAAUUCUAGAUCAUUGAUUGUAAUUACAAUUUGCUCUAUUUUGCACUUUAUGUUACCAAUAUCUUUUAUCAGCAUAUUAAUUUAUUCAAUAGCAAGCAUUUCAUUCUAUAUUAUUUUGGUCCCUUCUAUGCUGAGACCUAUUCCCAAUGAAACCCAAUAUGUUUCCACGAUCAUUUAUCUUCUUGUAUUUUGUUUAGUAUGUAUAUUGGCAAAAAGAGUUAACGUUAGCUCUUCUAGAAGAGACUUUUUCAACAUUAAUCUCGUAAAGGCAGAAAUGCAAAUAUUGGAAAAUUCCAUGAAUCAGGCACCUAAAUCAACAAUGAUUGAAGGAACCUUAGCGAAUAUCAAUAAAGUUCAACUGUUUCUUCGUUAUUUAAAUACUUCAUGUACAAAAGGAAUAAAUCGUAAACUGUUGCACGAUGCAAUGGUGGACUUGACUUCUGCACAAGUCACUCUAUGCAGGUCAGAUGAUAUUUAUGCUGUCGAUCCUGUUGCAAUUUUCCUACCUCAAUCACUUCAGACAAAUGUAUCUCAAACUCCAUCGAGACAAUCUAAGAUUAAAGUAAUUGGUAGUGGAGAUGCAACUCCAAAAGAAAACUUUUCACCAAUUAUUUCUCCAAAGAUAAAACAAGAAAUUGGUAUUACUGAUGAUAUAAGAAUUCCUAUUUCUCCAAAUUCUCCAAAGUUAACUGGGCAGUUCUUAUCUCCAAAAUCGCACGAAAACAAGUCAAGCUAUAUUAGUAUUGAUUCUGUAUCGGCGAGAAGAAACACAGAGUCUAGAGCAACUGUUACAACGAUUCCUGGCCCCUCUCGUCGUAGACUCUCAAUGAUGAUUGCUAAUGCAGGAGAAAACUCUUCAACGUUUAUUGAUCCAUCAGUUGAGAAGGUAAGGGAAUAUAUCACUGCAGAGUUUACUAAAUCAUCUGCAUCUAGAAGAGAAGUUUUAUAUGCUUCUAAAGUUUUUGAUGGGUCUAAUUCUAACCCGAGCAAUACAAAUGAAAAGAUAAAAGUUGUAUCUCAAAAUUCAGAUGCAAAUCAAACUGUAGAAAAUAUGAUUUCCCGUCAAGGGCCAUUAAAUGAGCCUGUAGUCAGUGGAGAUAUUGAAGAUAACUAUAAACAUCUUCUUAAGAAUAAACGCAAGGUAGCUCAUUUUGCAACCCAUUCAGUUUCAAAACUCCUUUCUAUAAAAAAUCCUUUUGGAACAAUUUCAUCACUUAGUCAAUCUUUUUUUAACGAAACAAACCCACAUAAUUUCACACUUCCCGAACUUCCCAAGGGUGUUAAUGCUGAACUUUAUUCUGAUUUGGAUAAGGCUUUGCAACUAAUGGAUAACCAAUAUUCAUCUAAUUGGGAUUUGGAUAUGUGGAGAUUAAAUGAAUUAACCAAAGGUAAUUGCUUAGCAGUAGCAGGGCUAUAUAUGUUACACUUGAUUGCUUCAGAAGAGAAAACCCAAGAAUUGAAUUUUGAUUCAUCUAGUCUACCUAGAGGAAUUACUACAGCGUAUUCUUCUUCAAUUACAGCACCUUCUAAGCUUAUUGGAAAUAUAUCAAAAUUCAAUAUAUUUUUUCGAGAAUUAAAUAUUAGAUACCUCAACAACAAAUAUCACAACGAACUACACGGAACUAAUGUAUGCCAUCAUGCAAUUUGUUUAACAAGAGCAACUGGACUUUGGGAUCAUUUAGACACUGUGGAGAGGCUUGCGUCGGUUGUUGCAUCCUUAGGGCAUGACGUAGGCCAUAUUGGAAGAACAAGUAAUUUUCUUGUAAACUCAAGACACAUGCUAGCAAUCAAUUAUAACGAUCGAUCUGUACUGGAAAUGUUUCAUGCAUCCUUAACGUUUCGAAUAAUCUAUUAUUAUGGAGGUGGAGCUGCUGAUUUCUUGCAAAAUUGGGACGCAGAACUCCACAAAGAGUUUAGGAGAAUAGUUAUUGAGUUAAUCUUAGAGACUGAUAUGCAUAGACAUUUUGAGUGUGUUUCCAGGUUUAGAGUAAGAAGACAAGCAGUUGAUUGGGAUCCUUAUGGCGAUGUUCAAGAUAGAUUAAUGCUUGCUAGGACAUGCUUAAAAGCUGCCGAUAUUGGUCAUGGAGCAUUGAAGUGGAACCAACACUACAAGUGGUGUAGAUCAGUUGUAGAAGAGUUUUUCUUGCAGGGUGAUGAAGAAAAGGCACUGUCGCUGCCUAUUUCUCCAAUUUGUGACAGGGAAUCCACAGACGUCCCAAAGUCUCAGGUUGGGUUCUUAAACUUUGUUUGUCUUCCAUUAUUCCAAGAAUUGUGUUAUGUGGAUGUAGAAGGCGAUGUAAGAAGAUGUAUUGAUCGAAUUUUGGAAAACAUUAACAACUGGGAAGAUAUAGCUGAGGCAGGCAUUCAAUGGGACAGUGAAGAUGCACUAACCUUUGUUACAGAAGAAAAAGUUGACUCAUAA